CCCGGCACCCCAAUGUGGCCUAGCGGCGAGUGGGCCGACGAGGACGCGCCCCCGGACACCCCGGACGGCCCGGACGCGCCGGACGGCUGUCCGGGCCCGCAGUUCACGCUGAGCCAGUGCAUGCUGCGGCGGCUGCGGGCCCGCUGCUCGCUGUCUGUGCUCGCGCUGGAGUAUUGCAACAUUGAUUGUAACACGACAAGCAUCAACAACUUCCCGCCGACACUCAAGUGGCUCUCUCUACGAGGGUCCAGGUGUUACAACCUGCCUGUGGAUAAAUCCUUCUUGUUUAACGUCCAAGAUCUGCUGCCGGAAAUCGAGCAUCUAGACCUAUCAGAGUGCACAUGGAUGGAACCAUCCUCGCUUCUCCCUCUGAGCAAGGCGCCGCGCCUCAAACGUUUAUUACUGCGCGAAUGCCCGCGUCUUGCUGAGUUCGUGGCUUAUGCCUCGCUGGCGGCUAGAUACGGCUUCAGGACACUAGAGGUGCUAGACCUCCGCGGCUCUCCAGUGGCCGAUUCCGAAGUGUCAGCUCUCGGCUGGCUGCCGGCGCUACAGGAGCUGUACAUAGCGCCGGCACGGGAGGCGCCCGCGCCGGACCACCGCCACUACUCGGGCGAGCCGCUGCCGGCCUUCCGCGAGCUGGAGCCCUGGGAGGUGGACGUGUUCGGCCCAGCACGUCACCGCUGCCGGCCGCUAGUGUCAGCUCUCGGCUGGCUGCCGGCGCUGCAGGAGCUGUACAUAGCGCCGGCACGGGAGGCGCCCGCGCCGGACCACCGCCACUACUCGGGCGAGCCGCUGCCGGCCUUCCGCGAGCUGGAGCCCUGGGAGGUGGACGUGUUCGGCCCAGCACGUCACCGCUGCCGGCCGCUAGUGUCAGCUCUCGGCUGGCUGCCGGCGCUGCAGGAGCUGUACAUAGCGCCGGCACGGGAGGCGCCCGCGCCGGACCACCGCCACUACUCGGGCGAGCCGCUGCCGGCCUUCCGCGAGCUGGAGCCCUGGGAGGUGGACGGUCACCUAGUAGCCUCCUCGGUGGCUGCCCAGGUGUUCGGCCCAGCACGUCACCGCUGCCGGCCGCUAGUGUCGGCUCUCGGCUGGCUGCCGGCGCUGCAGGAGCUGUACAUAGCGCCGGCACGGGAGGCGCCCGCGCCGGACCACCGCCACUACUCGGGCGAGCCGCUGCCGGCCUUCCGCGAGCUGGAGCCCUGGGAGGUGGACGAGCCCGAAUACUUCAAGAUCCAAGCUGAGACCACAGAGAAUAACGAUCAGAACCUGUGUCUACACGGAGUCGACUACAAUCUGUGCACUGAAGGAACCACCAGGCGAACAUCAGGUCUAAAACGGCCCGCCGAACAGUCCACAUCGACCGACGAGCCUCAGCCUGCCAUGUCAUCAGUAAAGGUCAUCGAGGUCUCCCUGCGGAAUCCCGGCGAAUCCCGUACCAUAUCCAGCUCGGUACACGUAAUCCCCCCAUUCAGACCCAGGCAGAGUCUCAUCGACCCAUUAGACUUGGCCAGUCCUGCAAAGAAGAAGAAGACAGAAGAAGAUGAUGAAGAAGAAUCCACUAAUAAAGGGUCUCGGGAUGUUUCUACUAAUACUCCAUGGGUGAUAGACUAUAAUACAUGCCAGAUUGUAGGUAAGAGGACUUUUAAGGAAUUCGAGGCGUAUCCUUCAGGAUCUGGCUCGUCUGAUCAGCCAGGGCCUUCUAAGAAGAAGAAGUUGGAUCCAGAAGAGAAACCAGGAUGCUCCAAAGACGCAUGUAAGUCAAAACCAGUUAAAAGUUGUCCACAGCCAGGGUCUUCCAAAGAUGCGUGUCCAAAAAAGGAUUCCAAAAAGAAAUCUAGUUCUCCGAAAGAUGGAUCAGGGUCUUCUAAAGAUGGACCAGGGUCUUCUAAAGAUGGACCAGGGUCUUCUAAAGAAGGAUCAGGGUCUUCUAAAGAUGGCGAGACUAAGACACGUCCAUUCAACAAAAGUAUUACAUCCAGGAACAUUAUAUUCGCGCAGCCGGGGCGUUCCAAUGAUGAGGCUGGUCCUUCGAAUAAAAAAGAUUCGGAUUCUGAAGGCAGUUUGAACACAGCGAAUAGGGUAGUCUAUUACGCCCCACAAAACGAAAACGCCCCGAAUGAUAGCACAACGAAUGAACCAAAUCAACAGCAAGAAGAAGAAGCGAAUUCAGAAUUCAGGAACACUCAAGCGGAACCGGGUCCUUCUAGAAGAAUGGUCUUCAUUCUUCCACCAGAAAACCACUGCUGUGUCCGGAAUCGACCUAACCCGUUUCCAAAUAUGCCCGGACCGUCUACCCACCGCAGAUUCGUCGUAUCAAGAGAACCAGCUGAGAAUAGCGAAGAAGAAGAAUCAGAGAAUGUCCCAGAAGAUCUAUCAGCAGAUAGAAAGUCCCAAGACCCAAACCCUAACGAUGUAGCUGGGCCAUCUCGUGACCCAGAUCGCCCGGAUAAGAACAAUCAAGACUGCCAUAAGCCGACCGAACACUCAAGCGGUUGCAAAUGCAAAAACAGUCACAAGUACGAAUACGUGCGAUUCAGGCAGAAUAUGGACCCGGUCAUUGUUAGGCGAGAUCCGGCUGAUGUUGAAAGGGAGGAAAGAGAAAGGGAACACGCGUUUGAGAAUAGAGAAGUUCGACCUCGAGCUCAUGUUUUGUAUGUAAACGUUGGUCAACAAUUACACUCUGUGUACCGUCUUUCUAUACACACAGAACCGCCUAUUUAUUACACUUUUGGAGGUAACAGGCAUAUAGCUUUACGACCCAACGUAGGGAAUCUGUUCUAUCCAUCGUAUACGCCGCAUUUAGACGCUGCGUCUUUAGUGACGGAUUUCGCAGUCAGGCGAUUUGGUAGGGCAGAAAUCGAAGACAUAAACGUAGUUCAUAUAGGUCCUCGAGUUGAUGGAGGGGAAGUUGGAGCUAGGCCUGACAGAUCUAACCUGAGGAUCUUGUCUAUAACUGGAUUCAGGAAUAUUACUGACAGAAGUUUAGCGCAUCUGGUGUCGUCAGCUCCACAUUUGAGACUGAUUGACUUUAGCAGGACCAGGGUCAGUUCUCAAGGUGUCGAAAACUUCAGAUGCUUACGGCCCGACUGUCAGGUGAUUUAUAGUGAGUUCACGGAGAAUGGGGAGUAA